AUGAAGCCAGAAAACAAUAUCGACACUUCCCAAGUGAAAGGGAAUGCUUCUCCGGAGACAAAACUUACAUUGCUGAACUCUAUGGUGCGGCUGAACCCCCGUGACGUCUUGCGUUCGACUGGCAAGCCCUUCAGAGGUUUCGCAGCCGAAUUCGUGUCCCGGAUGCGACUAGCAGAGGCAUCUGUAUUGUCAAAGACAGAGGAGCCGGAAAAACUCGAAGGACGGACCGUCUUUGAGGUGAUCGUCGAUAAAGACAUGGCCAAUGAACUUGAAGGUGGAACCAUGCACGGUGGUUGUUUGGCCAUGAUAAUUGAACUGCAUGUUUCUUCUACUCAUGUUUUCUGCUCGCCAACGCCCAUUUACGUCCUUAGAGCUUCGACAGGCGCUUAUGGCGUAUUCGGUGUACAACAGUCUUUGAAUAUUGUGUUUCACUCACCAGCGGUGCCGGGCGACAAACUACAUAUCGUGAGCACGACACUUGCCAUUGGUAGCCGGGCACGCUCUGGUCGUUGUGAAGUAUGGAAUGUAACGCGACACCGACUAAUCGCAUCAGCUGCAUACAUCAACAUGGUUCCAUCUGAGUCAUCCAAACUCUGA